GAUAAGGAUUUGUAUAAAAAGGAGAAGUACCGGAGUACGGAUAUUCAUUUUAGUCAAAACAGGUACUGCAGUGAAAAUCUACAAUCCACAAAAAAAGAAGACAAAAUGAAUCGACUAAUAGCUUUCUUAGCCAUGAUGGUAGGAUUUACCUUGGCUAUAAGCAUCCCCAAUAAACACGUUUCUGCAGAGUUAAGGAAGGAUCCAUUAGCUGCUCUUUUAAAUCAACUUAUAAGGGAAAAGCAAGUCUAUGAAGAAGUUGAGAGGGAGUUGAAGGCUCAAUCAGUUCUUAACAAGCACGACUCAAAUACCUAUAAUCCUAGUAAAAGAUGUGCAUACUUUGGAGAUGAUAGUUGUGCAACAGGUGGUAUUCCUGGAGCUGCUUCUGAUAGCGACUGGAUACACGGCGGAUGGAGUCCAGGAAAACGAUGUGCGAAUUUCGGGGAUGAUGGAUGUGCAACUGGUGGCAUUCCUGGAGCCAAUACUGACAACGACUGGCUUAACGGGGGAUUCAAUCCUGGAAAACGUUGUGCUAAUUUUGGAGAUGAAGGCUGCGCCAAUGGUGGUAUUCCCGGGGCUGGUUCCGACAGUGAAUGGAUAAAUGGCGGAUUUAGCCCUGGAAAACGCUGUGCUAAUUUUGGGGAUGAUGGAUGUGCAACUGGGGGAAUUCCUGGAGCUAAUAUCGACAACGAAUGGUUAAAUGGAGGAGGAUUUAAUCCUGGAAAAAGAUGUGCUAAUCUAGGAGAUGAAGGAUGCAUGAAUGGUGGAGUAAUGGGAGCCGGCACUGAUGCUGACUGGUUGAACGGUGGUUUCAACCCAGGCAAAAGGCGAUAAAGACACAGCCUGGAUACUUAAAUUUGCUGUCGUGACUAUAAAAAAAUAAAUGUUUAUUAACUUUUGAAAAAAUAGUCUUAU